CAGGUGAACGCCUCUGGACGCACGGACGGGCCUGCUUGGAAGCUGCGACGAACGACACCGACUGCAUCAUCGCCGCAGCUGCACGCAUCCCAACCCCAUCACCCCGCCACAAUGAAACUGUCCUGGGGCCUCGUCGCCUCCUCGCUGUACUGCGCCGCUGCAGCAGCGAAGCACGGCCAUGUCUUCACCUUCGACGGCACCAAGAACCACGCCGCCCCAGCGUCAUCGCCCAUCGACCCUGAAACAGCUCGACUGAUCCUCGCCCAGCGCCUUGGUCUCUCGCGAUUCCACUCGAUCAAAGACGCCGAUGCCCAGGCGAUCAAGGACAUCAACACGCAUGGAGGGAGACAGCAGAAGCUGUUUGGUGAGGACGCGGAUGCAUCACGGGCCCGAUUGCUCGUAUGGCUAGAGGAUGCCGAGGAGAGUCUUGUUGCCAAACUGCGCGAUGUUUCCACGACAUCCUUCGACAUCUCAACCCCCCCGCCUUCGGCAGACAAUGACCGCCUUAUCGAGGACUUUGCAACACAGGCCGAGUCCCUGCCAAAGCACGCUGAUCCUCAGGCGAAGACAUACUCAGCAGGCAUCGAUGCUGAUUCCGCGUUGUCUGCACUGAAGAGGACUACGCUCCACAACGAGUACUUGACCAUCUUCCGCGCCAACAAGAACGACGACAUCGAAAGCAACAUUCUUCAGUACACUCUUCCUGGCCUCGCUGAGCGCGGUCUUGACAUUACUGUUGUCACUAUGCCAUCUUCUUCUGGCAACUCGAAGCGCCGUGUUGUCUCCCCCUACGGCAACUAUGGCAUGCCCUCCGUCGACGCGCGUGGCAACCGUCAGAAUUCCGAGGCGCUCCUCUCUUUCACACCCGAGCCAUCCACCUCGCCCAAGGCCGACUAUUCAGAUCUUGAGGACUUCCCCGUUUUCACCUCAGCAAAGAAGAGCAACGGUACUGUUCACGGCAUCUUGCCACCCUUCUUCAACACCCUCGCCUCUUGCGAGAAAACAACGCUAAAUUGCUCUGGCCACGGUGAGUGCAAGUUGCUGCACAAGGCCCAGGGUAAGACUCAGCAGGACCGAUACGGCUGUGCUUGCUCGCCCACCAUCAUUGGUGAGGGCAAGAGCCGAAAGGUUACCGACUGGGCUGGCCCUGCAUGCCAGAAGAAGGACAUCUCGAUCCCCUUCUGGCUGUUCGUUGGUACCGGUGUUAUGCUGGCUUUCCUGAUUUCGACCAUCAUCGGUAUGAUGUACUCAAUUGGUAGCGAAGAGCUGCCGAGCGUUAUCGGUGCCGGUGUCAGUGGACCAGUCAGGAAGUAGAGGAAGUUGCAAUGGUGAGGAGGUGAAGAGGUGUUGGGAGAUGAAGAAGAGCAGAGGAACUGUAUAUCUGGUGCUAGGCACCGCCAUUUUAUUAGACAGCGAGACGAGCUUGUACGAUGAGAUUGGCUGAGUUUGGGUCAAUAUGGGAACGGCGUUGUAGCACUGCAAUUCACCACAUGAACACUAAG